AUGAAGAACAUUUACCACAAAGCCAAGGGCAAAAUCCACCCUUCCCCGGCGGCGGCGCCGCCGGCGGUUGCUGGAAUCGGCCUGUCGUCGUCUAAGCACAACGCGCUCGAGGUGCUCAGCGUCCUCCCCGCGGCCAUCCUUGUCCUCACGGCGGCGCUGACAAGCGGGGACAAGGAAGUGCUGGCCUACCUGGUCAUCAGGUCCCUCCACGGCCCUGCCGCCGCGACGGCGCCCGCGGAGCGGAAGCGGGAACGGGGGCCGGGCGCGGCUCAUCGGCCUCUGCUCGACUGCGGCUGCUUCGACUGCUACACCAGUUUCUGGUCGCGGUGGGACGCCUCCCCCGACCGCGAGCUCAUCCACCAGGCCAUCGAGGCGUUCGAGGAGCACCUUGCGAGUGCGGAGAAGAGGGGCGCCGGCAGGGGCGCGCGGAGGAGGGAGAGUAGGAGGAGGAUGGAUAGAGCUGAAAAGGUAAAGGAGCGGGCGGAGGCUGCGGUGGUGGAGGAGAAAAAGAUGCUCGAGGAACCGAAGACUGUAACUGAGGCACCAACUGGGGAGGAAACCAGCGAGGAGAGGAGCGGAGGAGAAGGCGAGUCGGUGGCGGCGGAUGGCGAGAAGCGACGGCGAUGGGCGGACGUGAAGGAUCUCUUCCACUCCGUUUUCUGGAACCUUUGGGGUCCGGCCGUGUAG